GGUCGUGAGUCAUAGUGCGAGCGAACAACUCAUGCCAACCGUUGCCGGCAUUUAAAUCGUUAAAAGUGUUGACAUUUGAAGCGAUUGAACGAUCUUUGGUUGUCUUAAGCGAUGCUGAAGUUCAUCCGUGGAAAGGGAAGUCAGGCGACCGCCGAUCGCAUCAAACUUCAGAAAGAACUCUUCAGCUUCAAUAAAACUGGAACCCAUGGCUUUCCAAACCAUCCGAGUGCUGUGGCUUACGAUUAUGGGUUAGGAUUAGUGGCUGUGGGCACCCGAACUGGUUUACUCCGAAUUUAUGGAGCGCCGGGCGUCGAGUUCUACUCUCAACUCGAAAAUGAGACAGAAAUCAGACAAAUAUUGUUCAUUGAAGGGAGAGCUCAACUCAUAACACUAUCGGCUGAUAGUUGUUUGCAUUUAUGGGAAAUCAAUACCAAAUCAAAGGAGAAUGACGUGAAGAACGGAGUGUUAGAAUGCGUGAAGACAUUCGACUACUUCCGCGUCGAAGCUUUAAAAGAAGGAUCAAUCAAACAAAUCACAACCAUUGCUGUCAAUUGCAACUCUGACUUACUAUUGGUUGGAACGCAAAUGGGAAACACAUAUUUGGUUGAUUUGGACACUUUUGACUUAAGCGAUCAAAUCAUAUAUCAAGACGUAAUCCUACAGAACAUUCCCGAUGAAUAUAAGUUCAAUCCGGGAUCAGUUGAAGUGAUUGCAGAACAACCCUUGAAUCCAAAUAAGUUUCUAAUUGGCUAUAAUAAUAGAGGACUUUUGGUUCUGUGGGACAACAAAACUCUAUCAGUGGAUAACUACUACUUUGCAAAUCAACAAUUGGAAUCAGUGUUUUGGCUCUCAAAUGGCCAGCAGUUCAUUAGUGCCCACAAUGACGGCAGUUAUAUUGUUUGGAAGAUAUCCGAUAAUCUCCAUCCGGCAGAUCAGCCAAAGACCCCUUACGGCCCCUUUCCCUGCAAAGGAAUUAAUAAAAUCAUUUGGAAAACUGUCCAAAACAAUGACGAUUUCAUAAUAUUCAGCGGAGGAAUGCCUCGCGCCUCGUAUAACGACAAGAAUACUGUUUCCAUAAUUCAAGGAACGCCCGAAAGUGGUAAACAUCAUGUCCUGGAUUUUACAUCAAAAGUAAUCGACUUCUUAGUGAUUGGUCCCCAAAAUGAUACAAAAGAUUUCGAUAAUCCGACGACUCUUAUUGUAUUGGUUGAGGAGGAGAUAGUGUUGGUCGACUUGACUCAUCCGGAAUGGCUUCAACAUAAACUGCCUUACCUUUCGAGUGUUCACUCCUCUGCCAUCACUUGUUGUCAACACUAUAGCGCUGUUUCCGAUCAGAUCUAUAAGAAGAUCGUUGAGGCGGGAAAAGUGCACAACACCGCAAGAUUUACUACAAAUGAAUGGCCCAUUAAUGGCGGUCAAAGUGUAGCUAACAAUUUGAAUGCUGGCCGCGAACUGCUAGUGACGGGUCACGAAGACGGUAGCGUUCGUUUCUGGGACUCCAGUUCUGUGGCGUUACAACACUUGUAUACUCUGAUGACUAAUAAGCUGUUUCUUGUGAGCGAUGAUGACAUUGCGCUCAUCGAUAGCGAUGACAACGCUCUGAAUGAGACGAAUGCAGAGGACGAGUGGCCGCCGUUCCGCAAAGUGGGCACAUUUGAUCCCUAUAGCGAUGACCCAAGAUUUGCCAUUAGAAAGAUAUCGCUCUGCAUUUACACGGGUUCUCUGAUUAUAGCGGGAACUGCCGGUCAAGUAAUUGUGUUUGAAUUUAACGGAGAAGCCAUUGAAAAGCCAUUGAUUAGCAAUCAGUUGAAUAUUGUUGGAGAUAAAGAUGGUUUCGUAUGGAAAGGACAUUCGCAACUGACCCCUAAAAAUGGUAACAUUAAGUUUGAAUCGGGAUAUCAACCAUCGAGUAUAGUUCAACUGCAACCGCCCGCCUCUGUCACUGCGCUCGCACUUUACGCUGAAUGGGGUCUCUUAGCCGCCGGAACGGCUCAUGGAUUUGCUAUUUUUGAUUAUCUUUUCCGGAAAGUGGUCUCAACUAAAACCACAUUAAACCCCAACGAUCUGACGGCUGUUUCCGGCGGCGAUGCUUUGAUUUCACGACGAAAAUCAUUCAAAAAGAGUUUACGCGAAUCAUUCAGACGUUUAAGAAAAGGCCGAUCACAACGAGGCGACAAAAGAACCGCUUCUCCCACAUCGACCGCUGCUUCGUCUUCAUCGCCAUCCAAGUCCAUAGAAGAGGGCCGCAAAUCACCCAAAACUGAAGUGAUUCAGAUCGAAGCCAAACCUGUCGAACGACAAAUAGAGGCCCGAUCUGCUGAAGACUCGAUGGGAUCAAUGGUUCGCUGUCUGUAUUUCUCGAAUGCAUUUAUUGUCAACAAUUCGACUCAAACACCGACUCUCUGGGCGGCCACUAAUGCGGGCAAUGUAUUCAUAUAUACAAUGGUAUUGCCUUCCGAUGACAAGAGAGCAUCUGAAGACGUGAGCUCUCAAUUGGCCAAAGAAAUUCAUUUGAAACAUAGAGCGCCUAUAGUUGCCAUUCAGAUCAUUGAUGGCAACGGUGUUCCUCUUCCCGACUCUUUUGAGGUGCAGAAAGGAGUGGCGAAGAUUCCCACUCCUGGAGGACAUCGGGUUUUGAUCUGUUCUGAAGAGCAGUUCAAACUAUUUAAUCUCCCAAAUCUCAAACCACUCCAUAAGUUCAAACUGACAGCACAUGAAGGGGCCAGAGCUCGGCGUAUAGCCAUUGCACAGUUCAUCAGCAAAACCAAUGACAGUCAUCUGGAAUAUCACGCGUUGUGUCUCUCAAAUCAGGGCGACGUCAGUGUCCUCUCAGUUCCCGAAUUAAAGCGUCAAAUGCAGACCCAAUGCACUAAACGUGAAGAUAUUAACGGAAUAUCAAGUUUAGUGUUCACUCGAAACGGAGAGGGAUUUUAUUUGCAUUCUUCGAGCGAAUUCAGACGCUUCUCGUUAUCGGCCCGACAUAUAGUUGAGCCCAUUUGCACCGUUGACUUACCCGAAGGCGCCCGACCCUCAAAACCUAUCCAACAAAGACCACCGAUUGCUGCCGCGUCUGUCACUGAGGAACCCAUUCCUCCAAAGCCUCAAAGAGAAAAGGCUAUCGAAGAGAAAACACAACCGGAAGAGAAGAUUAUACACGAGGAAAAAGAGAUCAUUGAAGAGCCCCUUCACGAAGACAAAGAGCUGCAAAAUGAUUGCGCAGACGAGUCGACGCCAACCAGUGGUAUAGACGAGUCUCCUGUCAAUCAUAAUGACUUUGAACCGCCAGAGAUUAACUACAAUACACUUCCAGAGCCUUCUGAUGAGAUAAUAGCUGAUGAGGAGCUGUUGACCAAUGGAAACACCAACGGAAAUGCCGUUAACGGUGACAAUGAUUCAGAUUCUCAGCUUGAAUUGGAUGUCGACAUCGAUGUGUCGAAUGUGACCGAAAGCUCUGUUAAAACCAAUUCAUUGGAUAUCACUAUUGAUAGCGUGAGGGAUCAUUUGGCGAAUCUAAGUAUUUCUGUCGCACCGGAAGCUAAUGAAGCGGUGAAGAAGAAUCCGUCGCCAAUUCCUAAUGAAUCGCUUCCAAUCAUUAAUUCACACGAAGGCGCGAUAGAGGGCUUAGAGUUGUGCCGCAAAUGUGAGUUGCAUUGA